UGAGAAGGGUUGGUCGGGACAGUUCCGGCGGGAGAACGCGGCAGUGAGGUCUUCGUCUUCAUCUCCUGAUAUGCACCGACAGAAUUUUCGACCCCCGACUCCUCCCUACCCCGGCGCGGGUGUAGGAGGUUGGGGUAGCGGGAGCAGCUUCCGGGGUACCCCGGGCGGAGGCGGACCGCGGCCGCCCUCCCCUCGGGACGGGUACGGGAGUCCGCACCACACGCCGCCGUACGGGCCCCGGUCUAGGCCCUACGGGAGCAGCCACUCUCCGCGACACGGCGGCAGCUUCCCGGGGGGCCGAUUCGGGUCUCCGUCCCCUGGCGGCUACCCUGGCUCCUACUCCAAGUCCCCCGCGGGGUCCCAGCAGCAAUUCGGCUACUCCCCAGGGCAGCAGCAGACCCACCCCCAGGGUUCUCCAAGGACAUCUACACCAUUUGGAUCAGGGCGUGGUAGAGAAAAAAGAAUGUCUAAUGAGUUGGAAAGUUAUUUCAAGCCUUCAAUGCUUGAAGACCCUUGGGCUGGCCUAGAACCAGUAUCUGUAGUGGAUAUUAACCAACAGUACAGCAAUACUCAAACAUUCACAGGCAAAAAAGGAAGAUACUUUUGUUAACAUUUCUGAAAUUCACCGGGAAGCUUCUUGUGACAGGAACAUCUUGGACAAAACUUUUACUUGUGUAAUUAAGUUGAACCCUAAGAUGGUGACUUUGAAUAAUUAGUUGGGUCUUCUUGGUAUUUUUCAUCAUAUCAAGUAUUGUUGAUAAUAGAGAAAACAUCCAGUAGAAUAAUUUGCAAUAUUUAGCUCUUUGGAAGUGCCUACCACAUUUUAGAAGAUUUACAGUUUCCAGAUAUUUAACGUUCAUGGUUAUAUAAUGGACAUUUGUCUUUUCAAUGGUUUUUCCAAUGUUUUAAAAUAAAACAUUUUGUCUUUCUAGAUAUAUUGUGGUUUUGU